CGUGAUCCCCAUCUCGCAAAAAAUCCCCAAAUCUUCCUCCCACAAAUCCCUCGAAUCCUCCGCGCCUCCGCGCUAGCUCCAGGGUCGUCGCCGCCGCAGCAGCCAUGUCUGGCCGCGGCAAGGGAGGCAAGGGCCUGGGCAAGGGCGGCGCGAAGCGCCACCGGAAGGUGCUCCGCGACAACAUCCAGGGCAUCACGAAGCCGGCGAUCCGGAGGCUGGCGAGGAGGGGCGGCGUGAAGCGCAUCUCCGGGCUGAUCUACGAGGAGACCCGCGGCGUGCUCAAGAUCUUCCUUGAGAACGUCAUCCGCGACGCCGUCACCUACACGGAGCACGCCCGCCGCAAGACCGUCACCGCCAUGGACGUCGUCUACGCGCUGAAGCGCCAGGGCCGCACCCUCUACGGCUUCGGCGGCUGAGCCUGACCUCGCCCGCGUCCUGUGGUCGCGUGCAGGAGCUAGCUAGGGUUCCUGAUGGGUUAGAGGAGAUGCCGUGCCUAGCUGCGUUGUGGCGUUAACUUAGUAGGUGUUGCUUGUAAUGGUGAAUUGGAAGUCUUAUCAGUUGAAUGAGUGGAUGUUCUGAGGUA